AUGGCCCUCAGUGACCUGCCAACGGAGACGAUCGAGAAGAUCUUAUCGUCAUUUUCGAGGCCACUGCGAGACCGAGCCACACUCUCCAGCUGUUCUCUUGUUUCUCGACAGUUCGUCGACAUUGCGCAACGCCUACUCUACGAGCAACUGUCCAUCAGGCGAUUAGACUCAAACUACGUCCAGGGCCUGGUGGAAUUUAUAAAGGAACACCCUCGAAUAGCAUCGCAUGUCUGGGAACUCUACACCCAUCUUCCCUACAAUCACUCAGAGCCGACGGGCAGAAAAUUCCAAAAUCCAUUAGAGGGGCUAUUUGAAGUGCUUCCCCAUGUCAAGUCUCUCAUCUUGCAUGCCGGAUGGUGGAGCCCCAUAAACCUCUCCACUUCGGCCAUGCAUGCUGUCGAAAAGGUCGUUGGAGGGAAAACGCACCAUUCACUCCAAAGCCUCGUUCUGAUCGCCACUCCCGGUUUCCCCAUUACUCCCAUCAUCGCUUCCCAAACGCUGAGAAAACUAGAAAUACUUGAAACAAGAGGAGAAACGUUCUGCAAAGACUCGGUUGACGCAGCUGUCAAGAGCAAAGGGCAUCCACCAGCUUCCCUGCGACUGGAAGUGUUCAACAGCGUGCCAAUGGAUGUUGACUCUCCAAGACACGACCUGGUCUCCAUCGACCCUUCCAUCUUCUCGAAUCUGAAAUCGUUGCGGUUGGCGGUAACGGACCAGUCAGAUGGCCAAGUAUCCGGACGAGCCAUGACCGAGAUCUUACUGAACUCCUGUUCGCGCACGCUGCAAUCGCUCAGCAUCGUGUGCGAGCAAGGGAAAGCUACCCUGCCUCACUUAGGAGCCCUCCGAUCUCUCGAGUCAGUAACUUUUGAGGUGAAGAACACUCGCGGUCCAAAGUUCACCUUCCCGUUCCACGCCCCAUGGCCCACAGCUUCCGAGUGUCUAUCAAAUGUUUGGACGCUCCUCGCGACCAUGGAUUCCAACAGUCCCGUGAAGGCGUUGACCUUGAAGUUGUCCACCAACUUCACCGACCAUAACCCUGAAAACUGGAGGGAGACUCAGUUUCUAGUUUCGUCACCCGACAUCCUGCCGGUCUGGAAAGUACUCGACGAGUACAUCUCCGAUCCCUCUAAAUUUCCCUCGCUCAAAGGCAUAACAAUCAGCGCCAAAUUGAUCUGCUACGGGAAUAAACGAGGACCACUAGAGCGGGAGGAGAACGGUGCACUUGACGAGGACUUGAAGGAGGAAUACCAGGGAAUACAGAACAAUCGAACCUUGACACCUAGGGCACGAGAUGUCCUUCGAGCAAGAGUGGGGGCCAAACAACGCGAGCGCAAUCUUCGACCGUCGGUCUUCUCGACGCAGCAGCUACUUCCAUUGACUUCACAACGAGUGGGAGUAGAUCUCCAUUUUUCGCUGGAGGAAACCGAGAUUCCAGGAUGUUGA